AUGAUUUAUUGCAAAGUCCUACAUUCACUUUUUUUGCAGCCAUUCAGAAUGAAGAUCUCACUCCCCAUUCUUUGGUUAACAACGUUUUUGGGAGUCUCUUUCUCUCUUCCUGUCAAGCCAUACUAUUCUAUCGGAGGCACUUCGCUAGAACAAAGAUCUGUUUACGAUGAAAGUGCCAAUCUAUUGAUCUCUGACAUUGGCACCGAUAAGAGAGAUAUUCAGGCCCUCACUCUUUUAUUCACACAAUUGAACAAUACUGCCACGAUCCAGUUGGCUAGAGGGGCACUUCAAGUCGAGCUUGUCCGUCAACAGGUUAUAAGCUUUGUGGAAGCUUUCAUAAAAGAGAAGGGAUUAACUCAGAUUUUAAAAUCAGCAGGAGAUUCUGGUCUAGCAACCGAUCUUGUUAUGCUUGUUGUCAUUCAUUUCGAGAUAUACCCUGGUUUGAUAGAUAUCAUCAAAGCAUACAAGGCAUCCGUGAAAAGUGGAGCAUUCAGUGGAAAUGGAAGUGGAUCAUCAGGUGGACUUUUGGGAUCUCUAUUUCCUUGGUUAAACAUUGGGGGAAACUCCAGUGGGAAUAGCUCCCUGCUUGGUGGUUCUACAAACUCCACGAACUCUACAACUGGCAAUACAGGUAACACAGGCUCAUCGGGUGGAAUUUUCGGCAAUAUUCCCUCCUUUUUAGACCCUUUCGGAAUCUUCAAUGGUGGACAAACUUCCUCUUCAUCUUCUCCUCUUUCAGCAACGCAAACUACAAGAGGUGCUUCAACACUUGCCGUAUCGGCUGCAACAACCUCCUCGAGAAGCUCGUCAACUGCGGGUACGGGCAACAUUUUUGGUGGCGUUCCGAUCCUCUCCAACUUAUUCCAAAACAAUGCACCAACUACAUCUGCAACCGUUGCGACUGUGGCUGCUACUAUACAACUGACUCCGACUACGCGGGCUACCACAACUAGCCAAUUGCAGAACAAUUUACCAUUGACGGGCUUGGGUCAGACAAUCUCUACCGCAGCUGCUCCUACUUUGUCUGUUCUGACUCCAUUGAUAUCAACUAGAACCACUGCUGCACCUACCUCCGGGACUAGUAGCAACAACAAUAACAACAAUAAUGGAAGCGGCGGUUUAGGUGGUAUCAUCGGUGGCCUUGGUAAUUUAGUUGGAGGACUCUUCUCUCGGGAACAGCUUGAACAGUUUAAGGACAUCGAUAUUAACGAGUACAGCAAAAGAGAAGAUGUCACGCCAGAUCAGCUAUUUAGCGCAAUUAUGGCCAAGGUAGUCUUGGAGAAAAAAGAUGUGAAUCUUUUAAAUUUAGGAUCAAUUUAUCAAGCUAUCAUCAGCAUCAUUGGAACAGACUCAAACAUCGAGGAGAUAUUCGAGUCUUUGCUGAAGUCGGGUCUUGCUGUUAAUGUUGUGUACAAUGCGCUCAUUGAUGAUGGUUUCUACACCUUUGUUGUCGAGCUACUCAAUGAUCUCAUUUCAAAGAAAAUUAUUACCCUUUCAAUUCUUUGGAACUCCCUCCUACAAUCGGGCGUAGUUCCUCAAGUUGCUGGAAUCAUUAUUGGAAACAAAGCUUACCUCAACGCCGUAUUUAGAUUUAUUGGUGGUAUUCUCAGUGGACAGGUUCCUAUCUUUGGUUUAUACCUGGCUAUUACCAGUUAG